AUGAACUUCCCUGGUAUGCCCGGCGGCGGUGGUGCUGGUGGUGCUGCGCCUGGAGGGUAUGAUCCUAAUGAUCCGAAUAUCAAGUGGAUGCAAAAAGCCAUGGAAUCGUGCUUCGCAAAGACAGUCAUGAGCGGUGGCGCCGGUUUUGCGCUAGGUGGUGUUUUUGGAAUGUUUAUGGCUUCGAUGGCCUACGACACCCCCUACCACUCCCCCACCACGCCCGGCACCGGCCCCGGCGCCAACCCCGCCGCCGCCGGAAUCCCAGGCUACAAGCCCGUCGACCUGUCCUCGAUGCCGCUGAAGGAGCAGCUCAAGCACGGCUUCAAGGACAUGGGCCAGCGGUCGUACAGCACGGCCAAGAACUUUGCCAAAGUCGGCGCCCUGUUCAGCGGCAUCGAGUGCGGCAUUGAAGGGCUCAGGGCCAAGAAUGAUCUGGGCAACGGUGUGGCGGCGGGUUGUCUGACGGGCGCGAUCCUGGCGAGGAAUGGAGGCCCGCAGGCGGCUGCUGUGGGGUGUGCGGGCUUUGCGGCGUUUAGGCCGCUAUUGAAUGCUUGGAUGAGGAUGCCUUCUGAGGAGGAGUAA